GCAGAAGUGAUGAUCAUCGAGACGCUUAGUGAACAAUCAGGAGGGACCUGUCAGUGCUCAGCUCCCGAUUGUCCAUAUAUAGGGGCCUGCCCGAGCCCUGAGGGUGGCCUGUGAGACAUCAGCCCCCUCAAAGAUCCUCCCUCAGAUCGUGCUUUCUCACACUAAUCGUCACAAUGUAUCUGGAGACCCCAUCUCAGCAAGCUCCGCGCAAAGCGAAGAUUCUGAUGCUUCACGGCACCGGGCAAUCCGCACACACCUUCCAAACCAAGAUGCGCUAUCUUCACGAUCCGAUCGCUCGAGCUGUCUUUGCGACUUCCUCCAUCACACACGAAUACCUCUACCCGGGGGUUGUGGAGUUCGUCUAUCUAGAUGGACCGAUCCCUGCAUCCGAGAUCGAUGCAUGCGACGAAAGCUACAUGAAGCCCAACCGACUUCCCGACAGCUGGCUCUGGGGCUACGGCGACCCAGAGACCUCCGAGCUCAAGGGACUCGAGCACACCUGGAAGCAUCUAGCUAUCGUUCUGAACGAGCAUGGCCCUUUCGUCGGGGUGAUUGGCUUCUCGGCUGGGGCUGCGUGGUCCGUCAUUCUGACCGCAUUGCUAGAGCAGAACAACAAGAUGAACCCUCACUUUCAAGUUAAGCAUCCGCCGAUGCAGUUCUGCAUUGCAUUUUCCGCAUUCAUGUUCGAGCACCAGACGUACGAGUGGAUCUAUUCGCGCAAGAUCCAGACGCCGGUGAUGCACUUCAUCGCUGCGCUAGACACCUGGGUCACGGAACGACAAUCGCUGAAGCUGGUUGAUCAGUGCGCCAAUGCGCAAGUGGAGUACUUCCAGGGGUCGCACUACAUCCCUCGAGGGCCCCAGAUCAAGGAAUUGGUCACCAAGUUCAUCCGGAAGACGACCGGAUGGGCCCUCGAGCGAGACCAGGUCGACCCAGAAUGGAUUGACGUAUAGCGUCCUUCGCGACAUCAUCCUGUGAUUUCUCGAUGGCAUGGACCCGUGUGGAGAUGGAAAACAUACAUGACUCGUCUGAAGUCAUGGGUCUAGUCUUGUCUUGGCGUUCUCUGAUUGUUAGCUCGGUGUUCCUGGUUACCAAGUACCCCUUCUGGCGUUUUUCCGUUUUUAAUUCUUUGUAUAGCGAACCUAAUGCAUUGUGCUGCCGGCGGUUGUCCCGAGUUAUCUGCGGCA